AUGAACGCUGUGAAUCAGCCGAACUCAGUGAUCACUGCUGCUUCUGGUGAUAACGUGACUCUACACUGCUUUCGAAUGGAAGAAGGAAACACUGAUCCCAUCAUUUGGUACAAACAAGCAGUAGGACACGAGCCUCGUGUAAUGCUCACAGUUCAUAAACUAGCACAGAAUCCCAUUUUUGAAGAUGAGUUCAACUCGCCGAGGUUUACUGUUGAGAAUUUAAAAGAAAGCUGCCAUUUGAAAAUUCCUAACGUGGAACCAUCAGAUGAAGCCAUUUAUUACUGUGGAUUAAAAAAGUUUGCAAUAGCAUUUGGAAAAGGAACAUUUUUAUCAGUGAAAGGAGAUGGAGAUGUAAAAGUGUCAGUGUUGCAGAGCAGCGUGUUGGACUCAGUUCCUGCAGGAGCCUCAGUGACUCUGCAGUGCUCGGUUCUCUCUGAGAGCAGAGCAGCAGAUCUCCAAGUGCUCUGGUUCAGAGCUGUUCCACCACAAUCCCAUCCUCAAAUCAUUUACACUCAUCACAACAGCAGCCAUCAGUGUGAGAGCAGCUCUUCUACACACACCUGUGUGUACAACUUCUCCAAGAACAUCCUCAGCCUCAAUGAUACUGGCACUUACUACUGCGCUGUGGCUGUGUGUGGGAAGAUCAUUUUUGGGAACGGGACAAGAAUAAAAUUGAAAGAACCUGUGGAUCCUGUAGUGAUCUUCCUCGCUGUAGCUUUGGGAGUGUGUGUGGUUGUGAUCUCUGUCCAAGCUAUUUUAUUCUGUAAAUGGAAAAACCAUGAACAAUGCACAAUGCUGUGGAUGGCCAAACUUGAGGCCUUUGACGAGGUCUCUCCAGUCCAGCUCGAGGCCUACACUGCUGCUCCACCUCCCUGCUCUGCUGAGGACAUCAUUCAGCUCCACCUGCUCUGCUGA